AUGAAGAAACUGUUGCCUUCGACCUUGCAAGGAAUGGUGUGGGACUCAAAAGACCGGGAUCAGAGCAAGGCAUGGACGAAAGAGAUUGGAGAGAGAAUAAAAGCUAGGAUGCUUGAGAUAGAACCUUCAGGAUUUAAAUAUGUGGUUACGACUCAAAUCAACGAGAACCUGGGACAGGGAGGACGGGCUGGCUUGGUCUGCCACUGGGAAGACUCCGAUGCUUGCAUCCAAGAAAUGUACACAAACGAUUCAUUGAUUUGCAUCUGCAUUGCAUUCGCUAUUCGCAUACCCUGA